AUGGCUGAUUUGAAAGAUGAAUUCGGCAACCCAAUUCAGCUGACUGAUGAACGUGGCAAUCCAGUCCAGUUAACUGAUGAGCAUGGCAACCCUGUGAAGCUCACCGGCAUUGCCACCACUGAAACUACAGCCCAUGAGACCAAAACCACUGCUUUUGAGCCGGAAGUGCCGCCUCUUGGUGUCCCGGAUACAGUUAUUGGUGCAGAGAGUGCGCCUGAGGCUGCUGUUGGAGCUGUGACUGAAGUUCAUGGUGGUAUGGAAAAAGCUGAAAUUGUUGGAGAAGGUGACGAGGGUACUCGCGAACAGCAGCAACUGGAAGAGAAAGAACAGGGUACAGGGGAGCAUGAACUCUCGUUCAGUACUUCCAGUUCUGGCACGUCUGAGGAGGAUGAGCAUGGUGUGAGGACGACGAAGAAGAAGAAGGGAUUGAGACAGAAAAUAAAGGAGAAACUAACUGGUGGAAAGCACAAGGAGAAGGAAGAGCACCCGGCACAGACCACAGGAGCGUAUGGUAGCACCACUAUCGCCACCACUACAACCACAGGGCAUCACAAUGAGCAUGAGAAGAAAAGCGUGAUGGAGAAGAUCAAGGAAAAACUGCCCGGGCACCAUGGUCAGUAGAAGUCACUGAACUAGCUAGAUCUAUCCAUGCAGAGGUGGGAGUAUAUGAUGUGAUAUGGUUUUUGCAUGUGUAGAUAGAGCAAAGCUGCAGACAGCAGCAGCAGUCUUUGUUUUCUUUUCAUUUGGGUGUGUUAAUUUGUGUGGAAAUGCACAGAGUGUGGUUGCA